UGCUAUGUCAUUCGGGUCAAAGUCUAACUUGAUCUCAAAUACAGCUCUAAAAAUACUUAAAAGGUGCAAGAAAAAACCCUAGAGCUGAAGAGCUGUAAUCAAUGGAAAUUCCAGUAUUUACUGUUGAUGCUUUUACCAAUGUGCCUUUUAAAGGUAAUCCUGCUGCAGUAUGUCUCAUAGAGAAUGAGCUACGAGAUGAUCUUUAUCAGAGCAUUGCUGCUGAGAUGAAUUUAUCAGAGACUGCUUUCAUCACAAAACGGAAUUCUAUGGAUUUUUCUUCAGGUGCAAGGUUUGCAUUACGCUGGUUUUCCCCCCAAAAUGAGGUCCCACUUUGUGGACAUGCAACCCUGGCCUCAGCAGCAGUGCUCUUUUACAUGAAAAAAAAUGCCAACCCUGUACUGGUGUUUGAGACUUUGAGUGGGGAGCUUUAUGUCCGUCAGCAUGAAGAAUCUCUAAUAAUGGACUUUCCCUUAAACAAACCAAACCCCCAGGACCAACAUGAAAUCAAGGAUCUUUUAAAGGCUGCUGUAGGAAACUUACCCAUUCAGGAUGUGUGUUACAGUCCAACCACAAAGAAACUGAUGGUUCGUCUGGCUGACACUUGUGACAGGUCUGAACUUGUGUCUUUGAGGCCAGAGGCAGAGUCUCUUCUGAGAAAUGAAACCACUGGUAAGAUUAAAAGUCUUAUCAUUACACUGAAAGGAGCAGAGAGCACUCAGUCUGGAUAUGACUUUUACUCCCGUGUCUUCGCCCCAUGGGUUGGGGUCCCGGAAGAUCCGGUCACUGGGUCUGCACAUACAGUCCUUGCUGGCUACUGGUCUGAAAAGCUGAAGAAAAAGAAAAUGUUGGCUUACCAGUGCUCCAGUCGAGGAGGCGAGGUAAAGCUGGAGAUAAGAAAUGAUGGUAGACUGGACAUCAUUGGUCAGGCACAGAUCAUUCUUCAGGGAACUCUUAAAAUCUAGACAAACUCAGAGGUGUAAAGUAUUUGAGUAAAUGUAAUUACUGUUCUUGCGUAUCUUUUCAGAUGCUUUGUAGUUUUACUAUCAAAGGUAUUAGCAACUUUUACUCUCUACUUCACUAUUUUUCUGAAUAAAUGUCUGUACUCUUUA